UAAGCGCCAUAAGAUGUCGCAGCAAUCGUGCGCAAGCGCCUCACGAGGGAUGAGUAGAUUCCUCGCGAAGUAAGCGCACAGUCGAGCGUUAGUACGCGAAGCUGCCGUUUCGUUUGUUCGGCGGUUCUCGGCAAACUUCGGUUUCAUAUUGUAAUUGACGGGUAGUAGGGGUAACCUGGAUCGAGCAUAGAGUAAUAGACGGAGAAAGAGAGAGAGAAAGCAAGAUAGAAAUCAGACCAGGACGGUGCAGUGAGCGGAGACCAGCGUGUCUCCUCUCGUGCAUGCGUUCGCUUGUCAGGACUGUGUGUGUGUGUUCAACACAAAGAAAGAGACAAAAAGACGUAUGCGUGGCGCGGUGAGAAACGUGUUACGAACAGUGACAGACAAGAUGGCGGUGUACUUUGUGCAGUGGUAGUAAUAGUGGUGCGUAGAGCACAUUAAAAAGAGUAGUGGAACGAAAAGGGUUAGUAAAGGGUUGGCAGCUGGUUAGUAUGGAACCAGCUCUGACGUCGACCACGAGACGUCGCGGUCAUCAACAUCAUCCGCGACACGCUACGCGCCGACGUCUCGACGCCUCCAGCAGAGGACCCGCGCAGUGUGGCCCUGCUGAUAUCGUUAAAGAUACGGCGAUCAGAAACAACGAAACAUCAACAACUACAACGUCACCGAAGCUUGAUGAAAAAAGCAAUGUCAUCGAUACAGAAUGUUCCACUGCGGUGACAGUGCCCACAAUCGGCACGAGGUGGCUUCGUGAUCCGACGGCCACAGUGUCCACGAAAGAUGUAACAUCGAAUGAAGAUUCUAACAAGAUAAAAUAUAAUCUUGAACAUGAUAGAGAAGAAAACAUCCGUCAUAGGCUCGCGCAGUGUAGCCUGGAUGUUCUUGACGAACGACACGAACAAUUUGUUCGUAAAAGAAACGAAAAUGAGAGCUUUGAUAGUUAUAAAAUGGAAAAAGUAUUGGACAAUUCUGAAUCAAAAUCAUGUGGGAAUGAAAUAUGUGAAAAUGAAUCUGAUGAAAAGAGAAACAAAGAAAAUUCGCCAGAGCCUGAGCACGCGGUCGCGAGGGCUCGCGGUGAUGGAAACUCUGACGACGAAUCAACUAAUGUCGAGGAGGAUCCUGAACUUGCUGAACUUGCUAAAUUGAGAUGUCCUAGCGAAAGAACCGAGGUACAAGCUGAAAGAGAAGCUAAAAGAAGAAAAAGAUGCGCUGAUUAUCCUGGAUUAGCCUUUGGAUGGUCUAUAUUCUCCAGCGAUACAAUGAUGAAAUUCGGUCUCAUAAGGAACGAAUUGCAGAAUAUUAUGGGAAACCAGCUAAAACGGGCUGAGUCCGAAGUAGCCGCUCUGAAUCGUCGUAUCCAAUUGUUGGAGGAAGAUCUCGAGAGAUCGGAGGAACGCCUUGCAACGGCCACUGCUAAAUUGGCAGAGGCGUCGCAAGCAGCGGAUGAGAGCGAACGGAUACGCAAGGCACUCGAAAACCGUACCAAUAUGGAAGAUGACCGGGUAUCCCUGCUGGAGCAGCAGCUAGCACAGGCUAAACUGAUCGCCGAGGAGGCGGAUAAAAAAUACGAGGAGGUCGCCAGAAAACUAGUCAUGAUGGAACAAGAUCUCGAGCGCGCCGAGGAGAAGGCGGAACUUUCAGAAGGGAAGAUCGUUGAGCUCGAGGAAGAAUUACGCGUAGUUGGCAACAAUCUGAAAUCCCUUGAGGUCUCCGAAGAGAAGGCGACACAGAGAGAGGAGACUUUCGUGGGCCAGGUGAAGAUAUUGGAUAGUCAAUUGAAAGAGGCUGAGGCUCGUGCCGAGUUCGCGGAAAGAUCGGUGCAGAAAUUGCAGAAGGAGGUCGACAGGCUCGAAGACGAGCUCGUACACGAGAAGGAAAAGUACAAAUACAUCUGCGACGAUCUGGACCUCACCUUUACCGAGUUGAUCGAGAAGAAUUAAUUAAUAAUCAGUUCUCUUAUAUGUUCAUCAACUAUGUCCAAAUAAUUGGCCGGGCUUGUGCAUCUACAAACACGAGCGGAUACGUUAUCAUGGUCAUUUCGUGAAAUCAGCCGAUUCGCUUAUAUUAUUAUUAUCAUUAUUAUUAUUACUAUUAUUAUUAUUAUUAUUAUUAUUAUUAUUAUAUCCAAAUCUGUAUUGUUGCACCUAAAACAUAUACGUUCCGCGUUCCUUCGCGUUCGAUUCCCUUUUUUUGGCUUCCUUUUUUAUUUAAUUCGAUUAAUGACUUUAUUCUCAGGUUUAUAUUUAUCCCUUAUAUUUUUUUUCUAUUUUUUCUGUUUUUCUUUUUUGUAAAUCGCUCGACGAUCCUAUAUUCUAGAUAAAAAUUAGUCGAAUCACUCGUUUAUAACGAUUCCAUUGCGAUUCCGCGAUAAAACGUAUUCGGUAAGUACUCAUUUUCGAUGACACGCGAUUUUCUUUAUUCGCUGCGAAACGUUGACAUCGAUUCUUGUAACCAGGCAAACGGGCAAAUAAAAUUUUAGCUUUAAAGCCACUGUCUUUUUUCAUUGUCAACUAUUAUACUAUUAUAAAUUAUGUUCUAAGAACACUAACUAUGAGUUUCAAUAAAGAUAUAUAAAUUA